UCGCGACUACAGAGACCCCUGCCAGUUCAACAGAUAGUGAGCCCCUAAAAUUUUUCUAAAGGUGCGGAUUUUCUCAAAAUAAACCACAAAAAACAAUGCCACUGUUUUUGAGAGGUACCCGCAUGUUGGCCACCCGAGGGGCCCGCUUCCUGCAAUCCCGUGGCUAUGCGGAUGAGAUGAAACUCACAUUCGCAGCUGCCAAUCAAGUGUUCUACGAUGAGCUGGAGGUCCGGCAAAUAGAUGUUCCCACCUUCAGUGGUCACUUUGGUAUUCUGCCCAAGCAUGUGCCCACUCUGGCUGUUCUCCAACCAGGAGUGGUGCAGGUUUAUGAGAAGGACGGUGCAUCGAAAAAAUUCUUCGUGUCGAGUGGUACUGUGACUGUGAAUAACGAUUCCUCCGUGCAAGUUCUCGCCGAAGAGGCUCAUCCCGUGGAGAGUCUCGAUGCCAGUGCCUGCCGGGAAGUCCUUCAGUCAUCCCAGCAGCAAUUGGCAUCUGCUCAAAAUGAUGUGGCGAGGGCGGAAGCCGGAAUUGCUGUGGAAGUUGCCGAAGCUCUCGUUAAGGCGGUUCAGUAAAUAAUUCAUCAGGAUUGGGAAUGACAUCUUCUCAGCAUGAAUAGAUUGUGAAAAUUAUGUAAAGAAAAUUGAUAAAGUGAAAAUCCCAAAAAAUUUGUUUUUAUUCCCAAC